AUGGCUACACGAAGGAGCAUUGGCACCGCAUCUCGAGACUACAAUGAAGCGCUUAAGUUGCUGUCUACACUCUAUUCGAAUCGUCAGGCUACCAAUUUAUUCGACAAGCCCAACGCAAAAAAUGCCCCACCCAAGCCAGUCAAAGACCUGAAUGCGUUGGCUAUUCCUGAGAUGCGCGAAUGGCUUCGGCGCGCUGGCUAUGAACCAAAGGAUCUUGCUCGCCUUAGGCACAUUCAUGUAGCAGGCACAAAAGGCAAAGGAUCUGUGAGUGCGUUUGCGACAGGGAUGCUACGACAGUACGAAACUGUCGGGACAUAUACGAGCCCGCAUCUCGUGAGCCCCCGCGAGCGCAUCGCUAUCCAGGGAGAGCAGGUUUCUCAAGCCCUAUUCGCAGAGGCUUUCUUUGAGCUUUGGGAGCGAUUGUCCCACGCGGCUAAGAAGGAUGGCCAAACUAUCACGGAUGCCAAUGGACCCAAUUCCAAACCCUUCUUCUUCCGUUUCAUGACGCUUCUCGCCUGGCAUAUCUUCCUGCGGGAAAAGGUCGACAGCGUUGUUCUCGAAUGCGGCAUCGGGGGCGAAUAUGACGCCACGAAUGUGGUUCCCCCAGAGGCUGUCUCUGCAGCUGUCAUCUCGCAAUUGGGCAUAGAUCAUGUUGCGAUGCUGGGUAAUACGGUUGAGAAGAUCUCAUGGCACAAGGCAGGCAUUCUUAAACCAGGCGUUCGUGGUUUUGUGCGCCGUAUGGAUGAGAAGCCCCGUGUGAGGAAGAUCCUUCAAAAAAGAGCGACAGAGAAGGGCGCUGAGCUUAUAGAGCUUGCUGACGCCGAUGUUGAACGAUGGGGAGGUGUAGCUGGAAGAUUGCCAGGAGAUUUCCAGAAGUACAACCAAGCUCUCGCUGUCCUUGCUGUGCGUCAACAUCUAGGCAUGGACGUUGAGCCGACGACGGCUUUACUAAACCUCCCCGACAAAAUGAUCACUGGGCUCAAAGAGGCAAGUCUCAGGGGACGUUGUGAGAUUAUCCAGCAAGGCCAUAUCAGGUGGCAUCUUGAUGGAGCGGGAUGCAUCGCAGCUUUUGGAAGUUUUGCUCAAAACUAUUGA